ACCCAGCCGCCACUUCUUCACUUCACAGACCUUCGAUUCAACGGCAAGCAACGGACAAACCGCCGACGCUUUCGCAUAAUAUUUAGCUACAAACAAAAACUUUUCGGGACAAUUUGAGCUAUAUUUGUGAGUCACCUUCUCUUACAACGCUUGUUAAAGUGUUUCUUUUGAUACGACGUUUGCUUACUUGCGUUUUAAUCGACGCUAACGGAACAAAGGUUUUCAAUCCACACGCGGCCUGAACCUAUAACAAUGACCAAGGGAGAGGACUCUCGCUCGGAAAUUGCCCGCGUUCGCCAUAAUGACGGCAUCAAGGUGAUCUUCGACCGGAGCAGCGCCGCCAUAUCUCGCUCCCGUUCACGAUCCAAAAGUGCCAGCAGACGCUCCAGCGGCUCCCGUCGCCACAGGGGGCGCAGCAGCCGCCGCCAUCACCGUUGCUCGUCGUCUUCGUCCGGCAGCAGGUCGUCCUCUCGCUCCCGCUCCCACCCGCGUUGCCACAGGCCGUCCUCCCGCUGUCGCUGUGACAACCAUCGCAGGCGUGGUGGCCGCCGAUCCGCGCCGCGCCGCCACAGGGAAAGCUCCGACUCCCCCUCCCCCUCCAGGCACUCCCGUCACCGACGCAACAGGUCCCCGUCCAGCCGGUCCGGGAGGGCGGUUAGCCGGUUCUCCCAGUCCCCGCCCAGAAACCACAGAAGCAGCUCAGGAUCCGAAUAUUCAGAGAAUUCCGUUGACUUGAGUAUUGAUGGUAAAGGAAAACCAAUCAUGUCUGUUGAUGCUGCCAUAAUCCAAGAAGACGAGAAACUCUACAGUCCUGAGAUCGUGGAAUCAAUCGAGUCGGCACAGGCGGUGGAGUCCAAACAAGUAUUGCGAGAGACAUGGGUGAGACAAGACCUGGAAAAGACUCCGUCACAGGUGGGUGUCUUAGAUCGAUGGUCAGCUGCACAUCACACACUAAAUAUAAAGCUGUCUCACAAGUUCUUAUUGAACACACAGAAGUUUCCCCCCCAUCUAGGACUACAUAUUAAUACAAGAUAACAUGACAGUGGUCUCCACUCAUCGGCACCUGGGAUUAAAGGGCUGUCAUGUGACUUAGGUGACGAUACGUGUUUGCGUGAAAGUUUACCUGAUAACCCUUGUAAUGUUGAGUCUUAAGUUAACCAAACACACAUGCUUGAUUUUUUUUUUUUUUUGUGCACACAGCCAAAACAAAUGCUAAUUCCACACAUAGAUGCUUAAUGAUCAAUUCAGACAUUGUAUUACACUGACCACUUCAUAUAGAUAGGCAAUAGAAUUUUGACUUUUCAAAUGUAUUCAUGCUUGAAGUUGAAAUGGGUCGUUGUUAUUUAGCAGAAUCCUUCACUCGCUGAUGGAGCAAAGGCGUGUGGACUGCAUUAUAGUGACUAUCCCUGUCAAGAGAGCUAAAAACAGACGAAGAACUCCGCUCCGUAUGCCAAAGAUAAGUUGGUUCACCAGCCGUGUCCCGAGGGCUGGGAAACCUACGUCACCACCAUUCUGCCACUGUAGACAGAGAAGACAUCCUUUUUUACUAUGAUUCUUUUUGCAUUUUAUGGUUUUGUUUUGGUGUUCUGUAGGAUGGUUUUAAGUGGUGGAGACAUUGAACUGUGUGACAGCAGUGGGAUGGGCGGUGGGGGGCUGUUAGUGUUGAAACUAACACUUAAAUAAUUCACCAUGCAAUGAAGAGUUUUACGAUAUUAGCAGUGGGAGCUGUAGUCCAUCUAAAACGUAAACAAGCUGUCAACACACCAU